AUUUUCCUCUUCACGUGAUUUAUCUCGGCCUGUCAUCUGAACUUUAUCCCACAUGAAGCAAAAUGUCUUCUGAGGGAAAGUAUCUGCUGUACAAUGGACUUCUUGCUCCCAAAGAGACUCACUCUUUGGAGAGCUUCAAGUUUGCGGAAGAAUUCACGUUGAAAGACGAUGACGUCAUCGGCGUCCUAUAUCCGAAGUCAGGUACAAUCUGGAUGCAGGAGAUCCUCCCACUGUUGCUGAAUGGAGGCGAUCUGACACCGAUCCAAACCAUUCCCAACUGGGACAGGGUCCCCUGGCUGGAGGAGAAAAGACUGGCAGAGGUGGUGGACCAGUUGCCAUCUCCACGGGCAAUGGUCACACAUUUUCCUUACCACCUCAUGCCCGCCUCCUUCCACACCUCCAAAGCAAAGGUAAUCUAUGUCAUGAGGAACCCUAAGGACAUCCUGGUGUCUUCAUUCUACUUCCAUCAGAUGGCUGAAUUCCUUGAGGAUCCAGGAACCUUUGAUGAAUUCAUAGAGAAAUUCCUAGAGGGCAAAGUGCUGUUUGGAAAAUGGACAGACCAUGUGAAGGGCUGGAAAGACACAGACCUGGGAGACAGAAUAAUGUACAUCACAUAUGAAGAAAUGGUUCAGGACCUGCCUGCAGCUCUCAAGCGCAUGUCUGAUUUCCUGGGCCGUAAUCUGAGUGACGAAACCAUUCAGAAGAUAGCAGAACAUUGCUCCUUCAAGACUAUGAAGACCAACACCAUGUCCAACUUCAGCCUGGUCCCUAAGGUGUACAUGGACUCAGACAAAUCUCCGUUCCUCAGGAAAGGCAUUGCAGGAGACUGGAAAAACCAUUUCAGCUCAGAGCAACUGGCCAGAUUUACAUUGGUCAUUCGCAAAGAGCUGGGGAAUGAGAGCUCCUCUCUGCCAUGGAGUCUGGAUUGACCAUCGGUCGGAGCAAAGACAGAGAGGGAAAGAGCUGUAGAAAUAAAAUCAAGGCAAGUAGGAAGCUGGUGCUAACUGGGCCAAAAUUUUUAGCUAUUUUUGGUUUUAAUAUUUGGUAUAUGACUAAGCACAUUUUAUUGAUUUAAAAAUAAAUACAUAACAAAGAACCUCUUUAAAGUUGGUUGGAUAAAUAUGUUGUUACCUGAUCCGUCCUGAAUGGAAAUGCAGCAUCUACAACAGUACACCCUCUGCAGAGAACACAUUUUUGCUAUUAUGUGUUAAACUUGCAACAAUUUUUUGGAUCUUACUGCAACUUUAUGGUCCAGUACGUGACAUAUUAAGUUGUUUUUUUGACCCUGAACAUCAUUAAAACAAUGAUGCAACACUUAUGCAAAUUUGCUGGCUUCUCGCUAGCUCGCAUAAUAUCUCUACAUAAUGCUAUAUUGAACAGAAAAUAUGUUUUUGUGCUAAUUACUGCAUGAUUGAUCUUGUGUGCAGUUUAAAAUGUUUGUCUCUACCACUUAGUGUCAAACCACUAAUAUGUAAUUACUGUGAAACAAAUGUACAAAUGUUUUUAGGAACUUACUUCAAGUAUUAACAGUUUUCAUAGGGAGGUAUUGCCUAAAUCUCCAGUGAAUGCUUAAUUUCUCUGUAACGGCGGCAGUAGCUCAGUCCAUAGGGACUUGGGUUGGGAACCGGAGGGUCGCCUGUUUGAGUCCCCGGACCAAAAUAUGGAGCGUGAACUGGUGGCUGGAGAGGUGCCAGUUCACCUCCUGGGCACUGCUGAGGUGCCCUUGAGCAAGGCACCGAACCAACGGCUCAGGGCGCCUCACCAAGGGCAGUCCCCUCACUCUGACAUCUCUCCACUUUGUGCAUGUAUAGGUCCUGUUUGUGCAUGUGUGUGUCUUUCGGACCUGUGUGUAAUUGUCAAGCAAGAGUGAAAACAUUGAAUUUCCCCUCAGGGGGAUUAAUAAAGUAAAUAAAUUUAAACUUAACUUAAACUUAACACUCAUUACUGUGUUUUGGUUCAUAAAACACAGGUUCUUACCUAUUUGUGUAUGUUUGAGGGAACAAACUACGCUAACAUCCACACUGAUAUGUUUUUGUUCUAAAAUGCAAAACAAUUGCAUUCACACUACUCCGGCGUUUACAACCCUCAGAAUUGAGACCUUUGAACAGUGAAUCUGCUUUUACAUCUGGAACCUCCCGUCUACAACGGGCUUGGGACGCGCCUGCGUUGAGGACUCGGUUCAGAUUCCGGAGUUACUCUCUUAUUGUGCAGCCUCCUUAAGGAACCUGCUCCCAUUUGAUUUGGUGGUGGGAACCUCUUGCGGCCGCAUGCCUUUGCUGACAUCGACCCCAGCAGGAUUCGAACCCUGGACCUGGAAGACGAGUGCUCAAACCACUACACUAGGGAGGCCCCCAGACCUUUGAACACUGCUGACCCCGAUUUAGAUUUAAGAACUCCAGGGUUGUGUAUGAGUCUGGACAGGCGGAAAUUAAGACUUUUGAAAAUGAUGAUGUAGACACUCAUUCCAGAAAGCGUUUUAUCAGUUAUGACAUGUGAAACCAAAACAUAAUAGUGUGUUGUGAUUUAAUCCUUCUUUUGUUGGUAUUCCUUUCCUCUAGGGAUAGUACCGCUCUAGUAUGUCGCCAUAUUUGCUUUACGAUGACUCCCAAUCUGGUUUCUUGACCGCCUUAUACUCCUGUGUUACUUUCAGUAACAGUUCACCUUGUCGUUGGUCCAAGCAAAGGAAUCUCUGGUCUUACUUUUUGUCAUCUCUGUAGUAUUAUCUGUAACUAACCAACCAGAGAGUAGACAAUCUGCUUCCUGUUUACAUCGACAUGUACAUGCCUGGUUAACGUGAAUGGUCGUGUGUUCUCAACUCUGACGGAGAUUAUUUCUAAAAUGGUGCUAAAGUGCUUGUGUUUACGGAUAUUGUUUAUAUUUUACGGCGCUGUCUUAAAAUGAAAGCGUAUUAGUGUGGAUGUGUCUCAAAUCAUAUCUGACAAUAUGCUCAACAAAAGGAGUAAAAAAAACACCUGAUGUCAUUUAAAACAAUCUGCUGCGAUCACUGGAUUACUGAAUGGAUUGGAUAAAAGUAUUUCCCAACUUUUCCCAACAGUCUCAAUCUGCAAAACUCUUCACACAAGAAAAUGAAAGGGAGAGAAAUAUAGUUUAUUAUGUGUUAUCAGGUUCGAAUGAUUUAGUCACUUAUUUACACGCUUAUACUGUUAGUGGGUUUUAAUCAUACACAUUUUUAUUCUUCAAUUAUGACUUUUUCCUGGACUGUCAUAUUUUAUUGAGUCAUUAAGUAAACUUUUACAAUUCUGGCGUCUCAACUUUUAAGUCAUGAUUAUUGAUUAAAUACUGGGUUAAUAUGCAUUCCUUCAAUAUCUUCAUUGUAUUACUUGUUGCGUGCUUGCUUUGGCUCAAGAGUAAAAAGUACAUUAAAACUAAAGGAAAAGUCAAGUCGUCUUGGUAAUUUGUCUUUUUUUUAAGUGUUCUCUUUAAGGGAUAUGUCUGUUUUUUUCUAGCUGCUCCAUAAACAUGGGCCCCAUUCUUUGUACGUGGAUGAACAAGUUCUUCAUAUUAGAUUUUUGAGGAUUUGACAUGCGUCUGGAUGAGUGAUUCUUCAAAGUUUGUGUAAUCUUUAAACUGUUAUCAAAUCAG